AUGCUGGCGUCCGAGCUAGGCAUCCCCACUCAGCCCCUCUCCAUUCCCAUGGACAUUAGUGCGCUGGAUGGGCGCUCUAUAGACCAGGUCACCCACAAUACCACCCCCAUCAACCUACUUGCCCUGGACCUCUUUGCCAUUCCCGUGGAGUACCAGGACCUCCGGGAGGUGUUCAGUAAAGCCCAGGCCACUUUUCUUCAACCACACCGACCCUGUGACUGCGGGAUCAACCUUCUCCCAGGCACCACUCCACCACGGGGACGACUGUACUCUGUUCUCCAACGCCUUCUGGAGAACCAGCUUUUUGUGAAAGCAAAGAAGUGGGAAUUCCAUCACUCCUACAUCCCCUUCCUGGGUUACAUCAUCGCUGCAGGGAGUGUACAGAUGGAUCCCGGGAAGCCCCAGCUCUUCCCGGAGCAAGAGGAAGAGAUCGGCGUACCCUCGGCCCAGAUGUUUGUCCGCUGCUGUCGUUGUACCUGGAAGAGAGCCCGGUUGGCUCUUCUCAACACCACCUCCAGGUAUCGACAACAAGCGGACCGCCACCGGACCCCGGGCUCCCCGGUAUCAUCUCGGGCAUAUGGAAUCUACUGUAACGGGAUGGUUGACGUGUUUGUGUGCUGGCCCCACUCAGCUCCCGGUAACGUGUCAGUGCCCUGUCCUUCCUACCUUCCCUGGAUUACAACAGAUGACUCCAGGAGAGUGUACAUGGAGUGUCUGUCCAAUGGGUCCUGGCGACUCCAGGAGAAUUCUACGGAUGUCUGGCGGGAGAAGACAGAAUGUGAUGACCAAGACUUCUUUAAACCCGAGGAAGAUGAGUGGUUUCGCCAUGCAGCCCUGAGGGUCAUCUCCAUCGUUGGCUACUCUCUGUCCCUCUCCUCCCUCUCUCUGGCCACUCUGCUCAUGGGCAUUCUCAGGAAGCUCCACUGUACGAGGAACUACAUCCACAUGAAUCUGUUUGUGUCCUUCAUGUUGAGAGCCAUAGCCGUCUUCAUAAAGGAGAUCGUGUUACAUGUCAUGUACACCAAGCUACCCAGUGACGACCAAGGGUGGAACUCAUACUCCAACUCAGUGAUAACGGUGGUAUGUAAGGCCUCCCGGGUGUCCAUGGAGUAUUUUGUAGCCUGUAACUACUUCUGGCUCCUGGUAGAAGCAAUCUUCCUCCAGACCCUCCUCUUCACCGACGUCCUCACCAAGAGACGGCUGCUCAAGAGAUACAUGCUCAUUGGCUGGGGUACUCCAUUCGUGUUUGUGGUGCCAUGGGCAGUGAGCAAAGUUUUAUAUGAAAAUAAAGGGUGCUGGAACAAUGAGAAUAGAUGGAUCUGGUGGAUAAUAAGGGGACCCAUCACUUUAUCUGUGUUGGUCAUUUUCUACAUAUUCAUCAAAAUACUAAUGUUGCUGCUCUCAAAGUUAAAGGCAGACCAAGUGAAAUUCACAGACUACCGAUACAGCUUGGCCAGGGCUACGAUAGUCCUGAUCCCUCUACUGGGGAUCCACGAGGUAGUUUUCACAAUACUGAUAGACGAGAGUGUGGAGGGAAGCAGCCGCUAUGCCAGGAACUUCAUUAACCUCACCCUUAGCUCCUUCCAGGGAUUCUUGGUUUCUGUGCUGUACUGCUUUGCCAACGUAGAGGUCCAGACGGAGCUGAAAAAGCGAUGGCAGCUCUUCCUGUUCACAAACCACUUCCAGGUCAUGCCCUGCAUCGACUUCCGGGGCGAACCCCUCAAACAUCUGUGGAAGUGCUCUAGAGGCCGACGCCCCCAUGGCUCCCAGCAAAGCGAAUCAUACGAGGAGGGGGGUGGGCCUGCCACACACUCCCACUUGCUGCAGGUGGCCUUGCAGGGGCAAGGAGGGCGACGAGAGGUGGAAGGAGGGGAGGUGGCAGGGUGGCGAGAUAGGGAGAGAGACACGGGAGGAUUGGAGUUCCACACCAGGAAGAGCCUGUCAAGUAGCGAUGGAGAGAUGACGCUGGGAGAGACCAUGGAGGAGAUACUGGAGGAGAGCGAGUUCUGACCUCCUCCAUCUUGUGGACACUCCUUGUCAGGGUUGGUUAGGUUACCUGUCCAAAAUUGUAAUCAGUAAUGUAACUUUUGGAUUACCCAAACUCAGUAACAUAAUAUGAUUACUUUUAGUUACUUUUGGAUUACUUUCCCCAGAAGAGGCAUUAGAAGAAGACAAAAAGCAUCCAUCAAACACAUUUGGUGUGUCAUCAUAGUGGUCUCUGAUUUGUGGGCAGCCACACUCAGGUGGAACGAACUUAAACUUGCGCCUUUUUUCAAUGCUGAAUUGAUUGUCAUUGAGAAAACCGAAACAAACAUAGUUUCUGAAUUUAAAAGUAAUUCAAGAAGUAGUCAUCUAGUUUCUCAAAAGUAUCUGUAAUCUGAUUACAAUAUUUUAGCAUUUUUUUUGUAAUCAGUUACUCCCAAACCCUGCUACCUUCCUUUCUGGACUGUUAUGAACUGUUAAGGUGCCUUGUCUCCUGACAGAUGGGAAGAAUCUCAAUUGCAUACACCUUGCGUCUUCUCUCCUCGCCUCCUUCUCAAAACCCAUUUGAGGAGAAGGUCAAAGGGGAGAACCCUCGCUUUCUCGUCCAAUGGGGUUUGAGAAGGAGGCGAGGAGCGAGAACGCGAUACAAGUCCUUGCUUGGAUAGACAAUGAGAUUGGUGUUGUUGUAUCUUUGUACAGAUUAUUUGUAUGGUACCUUUGUGUAUCGUUUUGUUUACGUGUAUGUGAGUAAUGUUCCACUAUAAAAAAUAUGAGUUUUAUGAAAAAUCAUAAUACAUACACUGAGUGUACAAAACAUGCUCUUUCCAUGACAUGACCAGGUGAAUCCAGAUGAAAGCUAUGAUCCCUUAUUGAUGUCACUUGUUA